AUUUUCGUGUUUCAGUUGGCCAAACGGUACCCAAUUGUAACAUACGUAAGUCGUAUAUAGUCAUUAGGUGCGUUUUGCGUUUAUCAUGUAGUUUGACGAAAGACCCAACAAUAUUGUCUCAUGAACUGUUGAACGUUCAAGUUUAUCUUUUAUAAAAUCGCUUCCUGUCCAGGUUAGCUAGUGGCGAAAUGCCUCGUGACGACCAUAACAAGCUAAGCUGAAACUGGAAUGGUUUCAUAUUGAUGACCCCUACUUCGGAAUCAAAACAAAAAAUACCACCGCCACCUUGAUGCGAUUCGCAGAUCAUUCAUAAGAGCUAAGAAGGCUCAUGGUGUGUGUGAAACACAUUUUUGAACCUCCAGAUGGAAUAUUCGACUGGUAAUAUCGCAGCAGCGACGAACUCGCAGUUCACUAAGUACAUAUACAUAUCGAUGACUACUUUAUGGAUUUAUGAUUAUUGGACAUUUUUGUUUAGAUCACACUGGGCCAAGAUGAAAGGCCUGUAUAUUGUCACACGAUAUCUCCCCUUUAUCCUUCUCGCCAUGGAUCUAUGUCUGAGCUUUGCCCCGAAUGAGACCCCAGGACUUCGCCAGAAAUGCCGGGUGUUGGCAAAUAUUAAAUCAGGCCUUAGCAUCGUGGUAGUCAUUUUCUCCGAAUGUAUCUAUCGUUCCCCCAUACUAUGUUUUUUCAUCCUCAGAACAAUCUUGCUUGCAGUCAUGCUAUUUACUUUUAUCAUAUUUAUGGGGGCCUCCAGCGGCAUUGCCUUCGCCACCACCGCUCCAGCAUCAUAUGCAACUAGCGCGAUCCCAGGAAUCACAGGGUGCUACGAGAGUUCGACCAGUUUCUGGUUAUUCAUACCAUUUCUUCUCCUUUCUGUGUUCGAACUGGGACUCAUGAUACUUACGCUCAUAAGCGCCAUACAGAACUGGCAGGAAAAUCAAAGCCACCUGUACGCUAUCCUGGUGAACCACAACGUAUCCUACUACGCAUGCGGUCUUCUAACGAACGUCUUCACAUCGUUGCUCCUCCAGUCCUCCUACCACGCCAUGUUGUAUGAGUACGCAUAUCCAUAUCAUGUUGUGUAUUCCCACUAA